UGAAGCCCACCGACAUGGCUAAAGAAGGAACGGAGAUGACAGAGGAAACUGAGCACAUGAUAGAGAAGAAUAGAGCAAAAGAAACAGAAAAUGUAUCUGCAGGAGAUACCAAAGAAAUGCGAGCCGUAAUACUUUCCGGUUUCGGGGGUCUCAACAAACUCCGGGUAACCAAGAAGGCGAUGCCUGAGCCACAGGAGGGGGAAGUGAAAAUUCGCGUCAAAGCAUGUGGCUUGAACUUCCUGGAUCUUAUGGUGCGUCAAGGUAAUAUUGACAAUCCUCCGAAAACUCCACUUGUCCCUGGAUUUGAAUGUUCUGGAAUAGUUGAGGCGAUGGGAGAAAACACCAAGGGAUUCGAGAUAGGAGACCGGGUUAUGGCUUUUGUAAAUUACAACGCCUGGGCAGAGGUGGUUUGCACACCGCUGGAUUACGUCUAUAACAUGCCUGAUGAUAUGACUUUUCCUGAGGCAGCGGCCUUCUCCAUGAACUUCGUGGCUGCCUACAUGAUGCUGUUUGAGGUUGCCAAUCUCCGAGAGGGGAUGUCAGUAUUGGUCCACUCAGCAGGGGGGGGUGUGGGUCAAGCUGUGGCUCAGCUGUGCUCCACUAUACCCAGCGUCACCGUGUUUGGAACGGCCUCAUCUUUCAAACAUGAAGCCAUCAAAGACUCUGUGACCCACCUCUUCGACAGAAAUGCUGAUUAUGUACAAGAAGUUAAAAAGAUCUAUCCAGAGGGAGUGGACAUCGUCCUGGACUGUCUGUCUGGGGAGAACACUGGUAAAGGCCUCGGUCUGCUGAGGCCUCUGGGAACCUACAUCCUCUACGGCUCAUCAAACAUGGUGACCGGGGAAACAAAGAGUUUCUUCAGCCUUGCAAAAUCUUGGUGGCAGGUUGAGAAGGUGAACCCUAUUAAACUCUAUGAGGAGAACAAGGUCAUUGCUGGAUUCUCGCUGCUCAACCUCCUGUUCAAGCAGGGCAGGUGUGGGCAGGUGAAAACGGUGGUGGAGAAACUCUUCUCCCUCUACAACCAGAAGAAGAUCAAACCUGUGGUGGACUCCCUGUGGGCACUGGAGGAGGUAAAAGAAGCCAUGCAGAGGAUCCACGACAGAGGCAACAUAGGAAAGCUAAUCCUGGAUGUGGAGAAGUCUCCCACUCCUUUGAUGGCCAGUGACAGCACAGAGACUAGUGAGGCUGGUGAGGAGGAGGAGGAACAUGAAGGGGACAGUGACAACAAGGAGCGCAUGCCUUUCAUCCAGUAG